ACAUAAUCACCAUCGGACAAUCCCAUCGGCCGUUCGUUAAAUUGUAUAAUUACUGGAAAUUAUUAUCCAUCUAUUCGGUGGGCUCAAAUAGGUAAAAGCUCGGCCCAAGUUUUUCAGUUCAGGCCACCGAUCCAACUACAGUCUCUUGCUCAAGUCUCCAUCUUACUUCAUAGUUCAGUCACUAGUCAGUAGCCUCUGCUCCGAAACGAGAACGAUCAAUGGCGAUGGCGAUGGCGAUGGCGAUGGCGAUGCAGCGGUGCGGCGGGGCAGCGAGGCGGACUCUGGCGGCGGUGACUCAGCAUCAGUUUUCAUUUUCGUCACUGUCACCGUCUUCUUCUUCUUCAGCAUCGUCCAUCCCCUAUUCUGUGCUAGGGUUCCCGAUUCAGUGCGGCCGAGGAGACAAGAAGACAAAGAAAGGGAAGAUAUUCAUCGGCUCGUACGGGAACUCAAGGCCGAAGAAGGACAAGAAAAUUGAGCGGAUUAAGGACAAAAAUGAGCUCCCCAGGUCCACUCCUUGGCCCCUUCCCUUCAAGCUCAUCUGAAAUAAUCGAUCUAUGCUAAUUAGGUUUUUUCCCGAGUUUGCUCUGUUCGUAAGUUUGGAACCCUUUUUGGGUUUUGAUCUUUGCUAAUGAGGAAUGUGCACAUUUUGUUAUGGAGCUCAAAAUAAAGCUGUGUGCUUUUUCUUGUGGCUAUGAAUCUGUGACUUGAUUUUGCGCACUUUGAAAGUUAUAUCUAUGUUUUAGUUGUAGGAGGGGAAACACAUGGAUUCCUCUGUUUGCGUCAUAAGCUGUGAUUAUGAAGGGAUUCUUUCGGCUAGUUUCUUCUCAUUGUAGUGAUCAAGUUGCUCAUUUCCUAGUUUCUUCUCAUUUUAGUGAUCAAGUUUCUCAUUUCCUUGGAA